CCGCGGAGGAGGCGCGGCUGCGCGCGCUGCAGCUCGCGAACAUCGCGCACCUGACCGACUCCGAGGACGACGACGGCGACGACGACGACGACGUCCACGCGAACGACCGGUCGCUCGUCGUCAUCGACGAGUCCAUGGAACGAGAGGCGGAGGAGGAGGAGGCGACGGCGGAGGAGGACGUCGCUCUUCUCGUCGAGGAGGAGGAGGAGGCGACGGCGGCGGCGAUCGACGCGGACGCGGAGGCGGCGCUGGACGCGGAGGAGAUGGCCAUCGUCCCGGUCGAUGAGGAUGACGCGGACGAGGACGCGGACGCGGCGGCGGCGCCGACGGAGGAUGUCCUGAUGCUCGAAGACGCGCCGGCGAAGGAGGCGGCGGAGGAGGCGCCCGACGAAGAGGACGACGAGGAGACCGCCGCGGACGACGACGAGCCGUCGGAGCUGGACGUCACCGCGGAGGUCGUCGCCGCGCCGGCGACGACGCCCGCGCCGCCGGCGUCCACGGGGCUGCGACGAUCGUCCCGCCGGGCUGCGACGGGCGGGUCGCCUCCGGACGCGGCGGCGGCGGUGGCGACGACGACGACGCCGGCGGCGACGCCGGCGCCGCGGUCGACGACGAGACGGUCCGCGAGGAGGGCGAACGCGUCGCCGGAGACCGCGGUCGAGCCCGCCGCGGUCGAGACGGAGACGGCGGAAGCGCCGGCGGCGGAGGAGGAAGGAGAGGAGACGGAGACGGAGACGGAGAAGGAAUCUGAGAACGGCCCUGACGCCGCGGAGGAGCGGCUCGUCGAGGCCGAGGCGGCGGUCGAGGAGGCGCCCGUCGAAGCGCCCGAGCCGCCCGCGCCGACGGUCACGACGCGUCGAUCCACGCGCCGUGCCGUCGUCGGCGACGACGACGUCACCGAGGAGAUCCCGAAGGCGCCCGCCGCCGCGGAGGCGGAGGCGGAGGCGGAGGCGGAGGCGGAUGAAAACGACGCGGCGGCGGCGAACGCGUCGGACGUCACCGUCGAGGUCGCCGCGGAGACGCGACGGUCGUCGCGGAGGAAGGGGAACUCCGCGCCCUCGCCGCCGGUGGAGGAAGAGGCGACGACGCGGCGGUCGUCGCGACGCUCGAAGGAGGACACGCCGUGAGCGUUCGACGAUCGACGGACGGCCGCCGGCGAGGGCGGGGUCGGAGAGGACGACGAGGCGUCCGUUCGCUCCGUCGUUCGCCGAACGGAACGGAACGCGACGCGACGCGCUCGUAACAUACUUUGACACGUACUACAUAUGAUGGAGGUU